AUGAGAAAUCUAAAGUUACUUCGGAGCCUGGAGUUCAGGGAUAUUCAGGUUCAAGGGAAACCACAGUGCCUCUCUCUCCGAACCGAGCAGGGGACAGUGCUCAUCGGCUCAGAAUAUGGACUGGUAGAGGUAGACCCUGUCACGGGAGAGGUGAAAAAUGAAAUUCCUUUGGUGGCAGAAGGCUUUCUCCCAGAGGAUGGAAGUGGCUGCAUCGUUGGUAUUCAGGACUUGCUGGAUCAGGAGUCUGUGUGUGUGGCCACAGCCUCUGGAGAUGUCCUGCUUUGUAAUCUCACCACACACCAGCUGGAAUGUGUCGGGAGUGUAGCAAGUGGCACCUCUGCCAUGAGUUGGAGCCCCGACCAAGAGCUGCUGCUGCUGGCCACAGGUCAGCAGACCCUAAUUAUGAUGACAAAAGACUUCGAACCAAUCAUGGAACAGCAGAUCCACCAGGAUGAUUUUGGUGAAAGCAAGUUCAUCACUGUUGGUUGGGGCAGAAAGGAGACACAGUUCCAUGGAUCUGAAGGCAGGCAAGCAGCUUUUCAGAUGCAAAUGCACGAGUCUGCUUUGCCCUGGGAUGACCAUAGACCACAAGUUACCUGGCGUGGCGAUGGGCAGUUUUUUGCUGUGAGUGUUGUUUGUCCAGAAACAGGGGCUCGAAAGGUCAGAGUGUGGAGCCGGGAGUUCGCUUUACAGUCAACCAGUGAGCCCGUGGCCGGACUGGGACCUGCUCUGGCUUGGAAGCCUUCAGGCAGUUUGAUUGCAUCUACGCAAGAUAAACCCAAUCAGCAGGAUGUUGUGUUUUUUGAGAAAAAUGGACUUAUCCAUGGACAGUUUACACUUCCUUUCUUCAAAGAUGAGGUUAAGGUUAAUGGCCUUUUCUGGAAUGCAGAUUCCACUGUGCUUGCAGUUUGGUUGGAAGAACUUCAGAGGGAAGAAAAUUCAUCUCUGAAAACCUACGUUCAGCUCUGGACUGUUGGAAACUAUCACUGGUAUCUCAAGCAAAGUCUGCCCUUCAACACCUGUGGGAAGAGCAAGAUUGUGUCUCUGAUGUGGGACCCGGUAACCCCAUACCGGCUGCAUGUUCUCUGUCAAGGCUGGCAUUACCUCUGCUAUGACUGGCGCUGGACGACGGACCGGAGCGCGGGAGAUAGCUUGAGUGACAUGGCAAAUGUGGCUGUUAUUGAUGGAAACAGGGUGUUGGUGACAGUCUUCCGGCAGAGUGUGGUUCCACCUCCCAUGUGCACCUACCGACUGCAGCUCCCACACUCUGUAAAUCAGGUCAUGUUCUCGGCAUACCCUGAGAAGAGUAACAACCUUGCUGUCCUAGAUGCCAGUAACCAGAUUUCUGUCUAUAAAUGUGGUGAUAGUCCAAGCAUAGACUCUACGGUGAAACUGGGAGCUGUGGGUGGAAAUGGAUUUAAAAUUUCCCUUAGAACGCCUCAUCUGGACAAAAGAUACAAAAUUCAGAUUGAGGACAGUGAAGCUGAAGAAGUAAACCCACUGAAGCUCAGCCUUCUCACCUGGGUUCAGGAAGACAUCUUCCUGGCCGUGAGCCACAGUCAGUCCAGCCGCCAGUCUGUCGUUCACCACCUGACUGUGGCCUCUUCUGAGACGGACGACGAGCAGGGGCAGCUCAACAUCAGUUCAUCUGUGACAGUGGAUGGGGUCAUAAUCAGUCUGUGUUGCAACCCCAAGACCAAGUCAGUAGCCCUGCAGGUGGCUGGUGGCCAGAUAUUUAAGUACCUUUGGGAGUCGCCCUCUCUGGCCGUUGAACCAUGGAAGAACCUGGGUGGCUCUCCUGUUCGGUUUCCGUACCUGUGCACGCAGACUGAAUUGGCCAUGAUUGGAGGAGAGGAAUGUAUCCUUGGUUUGACUGACAGAUGUCGCUUUUUCAUCAAUGAUGCUGAGGUUGCAUCAAAUAUCACAUCAUUUGCUGUAUAUGAUGAGUUUUUAUUGGUGACAACUCAUUCCCAUACCUGCCAGUGCUUUUGCCUGAAAGAUGCUUCAUUGAAAACGUUGCAGGCAGGUCUGAGCAGCAGCCACGUGCCUAAUGGCGAGUCUCUGCGGAAGGUGGAGAGGGGUUCACGCAUCGUCACUGUUGUGCCUCAAGACACAAAGCUUAUAUUGCAGAUGCCAAGGGGAAACUUAGAAGUUGUUCAUCAUCGAGCCCUGGUUUUAGCUCAGAUUCGAAAGUGGUUGGACAAACUUAUGUUUAAAGAAGCUUUUGAAUGCAUGAGAAAACUGAGAAUUAAUCUCAAUCUGAUUCACGAUCAUAACCCUAAGGUGUUUCUUGAAAAUGUGGAAACCUUCAUAAGACAGAUAGACUCUGUGAAUCAUAUUAAUUUAUUUUUCACAGAAUUGAAGGAAGAAGAUGUUACAAAGACCAUGUAUCCUCCACCAGUUGCUAGCACUGUUCCACUCUCCAGCGAUCCUGAUGAGAAAAAAGUAGACCUCAUCUGCGAUGCUAUGAGAGCAGCCAUGGAGAACAUAAACCCUCACAAGUACUGCCUGUCAAUACUCACCUCUCAUGUGAAGAAAACUCCCCCAGAACUGGAGAUUGCGCUGCAGAAGGUACACGAACUUCAAGGAAAUGAUCCCCCAGUCCCUGACGCUGUGAGUGCCGAAGAGGCCCUGAAAUAUUUGCUGCUUCUGGUAGAUGUUAAUGAAUUAUAUGACCAUUCUCUUGGGACCUAUGACUUUGAUUUGGUCCUCAUGGUAGCUGAGAAGUCACAGAAGGAUCCCAAAGAAUAUCUUCCGUUUCUGAAUACACUUAAGAAAAUGGAAACGAAUUAUCAGCGGUUCACUAUAGAUAAAUAUUUGAAACGAUAUGAAAAAGCCAUUGGCCACCUAAGCAAAUGUGGACCGGAGUACUUCCCAGAAUGCUUAAACUUAAUAAAAGAUAAAAACUUGUAUAACGAAGCUCUGAAGCUCUACCCACCGAACUCACAGCAGUACAAGGACAUCAGCAUUGCUUACGGGGAGCACCUGCUGCAGGAGCGCCUCCAUGAGCCGGCAGGCCUCGUGUUUGCCCGCUGCGGCGCUCACGAGAAGGCGCUCGGCGCCUUUCUGGCCUGUGGCAGCUGGCAGCAAGCGCUGUGUGCGGCGGCCCAGCUUCGCCUGACCGCAGAGCAGCUGGCUGGCCUGGGCAGGACUCUGGCAGGAAAGCUAGUUGAGCAGAGCAAACACAGGGAUGCAGCCACAGUUUUGGAACAGUACGUGCAGGACCAUGAAGAAGCUGUGCUUGUGUUGUUAGAAGGAGCUGCCUGGGAAGAAGCUCUGAGACUGGUACACAAAUAUAACAGACCAGAUAUUAUAGAAACCAACAUAAAGCCUUCCAUUUUAGAAGCCCAGAAAAAUUAUAUGGUGUUUCUGGACUCUCAGACAGCCACAUUCAGUCGGCACAAAAAACGUCUGUUGGUGGUACAAGAGCUGAAGGAGCAGGCCCAGCAGGUGAACCUGGAUGAUGAAGCACCCCACGGUCAAGAGUCAGAUCUCUUUUCUGAAACCAGCAGUGUCAUGAGUGGCAGUAACAUGAGCGGCAAAUACUCUCAUAGUAACUCUAGGAUAUCAGCGCGAUCAUCUAAGAAUCGGCGCAAAGCGGAGCGGAAGAAGCACAGCCUCAAGGAGGGGAGCCCUCUGGAGGAUGUGGCCCUUUUGGAGGCAUUGAGCGAAGUGGUGCAGGGGACUGAAAACCUGAGAGAUGAAAUAUGCCGUAUUUUAAAGAUGCUCUUUCUCUUUGAGUUUGAUGAGCAAGGAAGGGAAUUACAGAAGGCCUUUGAAGAUACUCUGCAGUUAAUGGAAAGGUCGCUUCCGGAAAUUUGGACUCUCACCCCCCAGCAGAGUUCAGCUACACUUGUUCUAGGUCCCAAUUCUACUGCAAAUAGUAUCAUGGCCUCUUACCAACAAGAGACGACAUCAGUUCCUGUUCUUGAUGCGGAGCUUUUGAUACCACCAAAGAUCAACAGAAGAACCCAGUGGAAACUGAGCCUUCUAGAUUGA